CAAAAAUAAAAAUAACCAAAACAAUGGGAAUCGGGAAAUAGGUUAUGAUCUAUUGAUGAUGAUUGUGAUAAGUUUACUGAUUUAUCUUUAAUUCUUAUUAGGCUAUUAUAUUAUUUAGUACUUAAUUUCAACAUCUAGUCCGUAGAUUAAGUUUUAAUUUUUCAAAAAUUAUAAGGCCUUAAAUUUCAAAAUCUAAAAUGGUGCUCAGUAAAAUACUGUUUAGAACGUCAUGUAUUUUUAAGAUCUCCAAUCUAAAACUGCCUUCGCGAGCAAUGAGCAGCGCUACCAGAUUCAGUAAACUUUUAAACCCUGAUGAUGCUUCUAUCCGCUACAAAACUGUGGUAGAGGUAAAAGAGGGCCUACGCUUGAGAAUGGGUGUGGAAGAAGGAUAUCAGCUGUUGGUGAAGAAUCGUGCUCACCUACUAGAUAAAUUACCAAAAUCGCAGGCUGAACUCCCAGUUCGGAAUCUAAGAGACAGUUUUGAUAGUGCGAUCAUCCCUCUGAGCACAGAUAUACAUUUUCAGAAUACAUAUACCAAUUUUUUGGGUAAUGUUCGGUAUGGCAGAUUAAUGGAAGACCUGGAUAUGUUUGCAGUGCACGUUGUUUUCAAGCACAUGUGUUGUGAUUUUGAAAAACAGGAAGUGGUGCCUUUUAUUGUUGCCACUAUUCUAGUGGAUGAAAUAGUGAUGAGUGAUUAUAUUCCCAAGUGCAACCAGGACGUGCGAAUAUCGGGUCACGUGUCGUGGGCGGGUGCGACAUCGGUGGAGGUGAUCGUGUGGUGUGAACAGUUCGACAACGGCACGUGGCGUGAGAUCACGCGCGCCAUCUUCCUCAUGGCCAGUCGUAACGCCACCAUGACUGCAGGAGCCUUCGUCAACGCCAUUCAGCCCCAUGACGACGAGGAGAAGAAGAUUCUGUUGGAAGGAGAGAACAGGAAAAAGAAGCGUGCAAAGGAAGGCCAGAAUUCUCUGCUGAAACAACUGCCAACAGUUGAGGAACAACACCUUUUGCACAAUCUAUUCCUGACCACCCUUGAUCCCGGUGACAUCACAAUGGACAAGAGGAUACUGCCUCCUCGUAAGGUGUGGAUGUCCAAAACAAAAAAGGCCAACGUCAUAUUUUCCCAUCCAGAAUACAGGAAUCUUCAUAACAAAGUAUUCGGAGGCUUCCUGAUGAGGGUAGCAGCGGAAUUGGCGUUUGUCACGGUUUACAUCCAUUCCAAGCAGGUGUGUCCGAAAAUGGUAUGCUGUGGUGGUAUUUCAUUCCACAGUCCUGUAGAUGUUGGCUCACUUGUGUCCAUGACUAGUCAGAUAGUGUACACUGAGAAGAACUAUGCUCAGGUAACAGUUUAUGCCACUGUUCUGGAUCCAUUCACCACAAAGCAGACCACUACAAAUGUAUUCAAUUUCACUUACAAGUCCGGCGAUGCAAUGGAUGAAGUCGUUCCAGAAUCAUACUGUGAUGCAAUGCGAUUUUUGGAUGGACGAAGACAUUUCCAGGAUUCUUUAGGAUUAAUUCAUUAAUUAUAGUUAUAACUAUUCAUCCUAAAAUAACUAAAACUUGUUCAUGAUCUGAAAACGGCUUAGUCAUUGACAGUAUUAACAUUAUGCAAGGUGAGCCCAGCUCAAACCUGUCUUUAAAUAUAGCUUUGAAAACGCAUUCUGCCUAUCUAAUAAGUUUCUUUUCGUUGUAUGGUUUGUUAAUUAAUUUAUAAACACUUAUGAAAUUUGGUUGCACAACUUGGAACUUUUUAUAGCUUUGCACUUUUUGUGGGAAUGUCAUCAAUAAUCGUUGUAUUUCUAUUCAUUACAUCUAAGGUUAAGAGACGAUAAUUUGCGCAUUAUAUGAAAAGUUUCAAAUUUUAGUAAACUUUUUUAUUUAUUUAAA